GUCCCAGGGGGGUUUGGGGUCACCCGAUGCCGCAGGGUGUCCCUGUGGAGUGGCAGGCUGGGUGCAGGGCUGAACCUGUUCUUCUGGAGCCUGGAAUGCUGCUCUCCUUUCCCUCACCUUGGAGGCCUGUCCUAGCAGGGAGCGUAGGCAUUACCUUGUCCUGCAGAUCGCAGGGAUCCCAAACCUCCAGAGCACCUCGAGAGCCCCCAGGAGGGUGCUGGAGGCAGGCACAGGGUGUGGGCUGCUGUGCCAACACAAGGAUAUGUCAGGAAUGGUCUAAAACUCUCAGUUCCCUUCUUUCCACUGUUCCCACUGAGAUUACCAGGAACAAGCCAGACUUUGCAGAAGCACUGAGGAACUUUGCAGUGCUGUGGGCUUGGGGGAGUCCCUGGGGACUGCCACUCCUGUCCCCCCCGUGUCUGCUCUCAGACAGCACGGCACGGAAGGAGCGGGAGGUGAUGCUGCGGCUGAAGGAGGUGGUGGACAGGCAGAGGGACGAGCUGCGUGCCCAGGCCCACGAGAUCGUCUGCAAGAGCCGGGACACGGAGGCGCUGCAGGAACAGCUCCAUCGCUUCAUGGCCAUGAACGAGGAGCUGCGGCACAAGGUGGCCGUGGUGCAGGCCCAGCUCAAGAGCGCUCUGGAGCAGAAGUCGGACCUGGAGGCUGCGGUGCUGCAGAGCCAGAGGGAAGCGAGCAGGAGGAGCAGGACGGCCCUGGAGAGCCGGCGGCCGGAGCCUGGUGUGGAGGGAGCCGUGUCACCCUCAGAGGAGCCGCAGCACCAGGAUGGGGACAGGAGCCCUGCUCACUGCUGCUUCUCCAGGGAAGAGCUGCAGCAGAUCCUGCAAGAGAGAAACGAGCUCAAGACCAACCUGUUCUUGGUGCAGGAGGAGCUGGCCUAUUACCAGAGGGAGCUGCUGAACGAGGAGAGAAUUCCCAGCUUCUGCCUAGAUGCAAUGAAGUCAAAUAUCAAAAAACAGAGGAAAAAAAUCCGAGCCAAAAUGCUGGGAACGACGGAGGAGUCGGCGAGCAGCGAUGAAGAGGAGGGCUCCUGGCUCCCAGGUCACGGCACAGACUGCGCGGAUGCUCCGCCUCCAGAAUCCAAAAUUAGGAGCUUUUUUGGGCUGUGGUACCAGGGCAGCAGCAAAGACCCCCCCACAUCCAGCUGCUCCAGAACCUGGGAAAUCAUCGACUCGCUGGACACGCAGCUGGAGCCAGAGGGAGAGAGCAAGGCAGGGUCCAGCUCCCCCGACAGAGCCGUGGCACCACUCUGACCCCACGGGAACAGGAGCAGGAUCUGUCCUCGCAGCAGAACUUCCUGGAUCCUCUUCAUCCAGCGGCUUCAAGAGCAGCACGGCAGCCCUGCCACCGUGCCGUGGUGGUGGCAAAGCCACAGCGUGGGCAGGUUCCUGCAGAGCCACUGGGACACUUGGAUGUGGGCUGCCAGCCUGGCAUGGGACAGCUCAGCACCUCUGGGCACCUCUGCCCGCCAGCCACCCUUUCACUGUGCCCACGGCUUCCCCACAGAGGGGCCCUCACAGCUGUGCCCCCUCCCCACUGCUCCCUGCCUGCAGCUCAGCGUGGUGGGGGUCUGCACCCUCCUCCUGCUUCACACCCCAAAAGGGAUCUUCCCAUCCACUGGUGGCUCUCUGCAAACCCCUCUGCUCACAGCCCAGGAUUCCAUCGCCCCACGCUGCUCUGUGGGGCUGUUUCACCUCACCCCUUUCUGUCUGGACCUCCCCAGUCCCUGCAAUGUGAAGGUGCAGCUGGGGUGUCCCAGGGUCCCCGAGGGGCUGAGCACGCUGCACUGGGUGUCUGGGUGCUCCCGUGGCUGGGAGCCGUCAGGAUCAGCACCACCAGGGCCACUCCUGCACUUCUCAGCCGUGGGGUGAAUCAGUUUUGCACCGGGGCCUCUUCUGCCACCCCUGGGACCUGGCAGACUGCAACAAUCCCUGCGUUCGUGGGGGCGAGUCGCUCCCCUCAGGUCAGGUACUUUCUACCUUUAAUUCAGAAAUAAAUCAGUCUCUUGUUUUUCCCCUGA